UCUCUCUCAAUCAAAAGUCUCAUUAAGGAAUCGAAUCAAGCAAUAAUAAAAUAAUUAGUAUCACAUUUUCUUCUAUAAAUCUUAGAUUUCUCCUCCUUGAGUGUUUAGGGAUAUGUCUGUGUAAAAAUGGACAUGGGGGAAGAGAAGGAAGUAGUUUCUCUGGGAACUCUGAGUAAGAAGAUGGAUGAUUUUGCAAAGGCUAGAGAUUGGGAGAAGUAUCACAGCCCAAGGAACCUCCUUUUAGCCAUGGUGGGUGAAGUGGGAGAGUUAUCAGAGAUAUUCCAAUGGAGAGGGGAAGUGGAAAGAGGACUUCCGGAUUGGAAAGAAGAAGACAAAGUUCAUCUUGGUGAAGAAUUAUCAGAUGUGUUGUUGUAUCUGGUGAGGCUUUCUGAUGUUUGUGGUGUCGAAUUGGGCAAGGCCGCUCUGCGGAAACUCGAGCUCAAUGCCAUUAAGUACCCAGCACCCAAACAGACUGAUCAUUGUGUUGGUGAACAUUCAAGCGACAAUACUAAGUUGACCGAAGAUAAUUAAUCUCUGUUUUUUCUCAAAAAAAAAAAAAAAAAUCCUAAUGUGAGUUGUUGACUCUUGCUUUGUACAACUUUUCCAUUGGUCUCUGUAUUGUUGCUUUCCCUGUCUUGCACUGAAUCUUUUUACAUUAGAGUUAACCUUUUUACAUAUA